AGUAAAGUGAGUCUUACAACACUACUUACUUGCCUCGUAAAUUUAUUAUGACAUUUAUAAAUGUCGGUCACAAAUCUGUUCAGGUGAUCCUAUUACAAGAACGUUAAUGUUUUCAUAACACUACUGAACUUGUUUUGGCGCGUACAAUUUUGCGAUGGCUGGAACAGAGCAUGUCAUAUCCAUGGAGGAGUCACUCUCCAGGAAGGUUAGUUUUGUUAGAGAAGAAGCUGGUGAAACAAGCAGACGGAGGCAGAGCAUUGAAAUCGAAGAGGAAGCGAGUUCCACGUCCAAGAUUAGGAAAGCAAAUCUUGAGAAACUAAAGGAAGCAGGGCCCAAGAUUACGCGAAAUCCAGAUGAUCCGAAGACUACGCCAAAAAUACAAGAGGUUCCGGCCUUGCUGCGUGGACACAAAAAUUUCCAAAAGUACUUUGAGCCAAGGGUGGUAUCACUCGGUCCUAUCCAUCAUGGGAAGAAGGAAUACCAGGCCGCAGAGGACUUCAAGCUUGGAAUGGCAUGCAAAUUCGUGGAGGACAGUGGCAAGUCGGGUGAAGUUUUGCACGGGAAAAUUGCGGAGAAUAUCGAGCAACUGAAGCAGUACUUCGAUGAGAAGGUGGCCGAGAAGUAUGAUGAUGAGACCCUCGCCUGGAUGCUGUUUGUGGACGGGUGUGCAGUUUUGCAAUCCAUACACUCUGUAGUUCAUGAAGAGAUCAUAAAAAAGUUAAAGAUAAAAAAUGAUCAGAUGGCCUUUGCGCAACAGGAUUUGUUCUUGUUGGAGAACCAACUUCCUUAUCAACUCCUCUUGGUUUUAAUGGAUUCCAGCGCAAAGAAAGAAGAUUUGAAGGAAUCGAUCGAAACUUUCAUGAGUCGAAUGGCGCAUGAAAGGGGAAGAAUAUACGUUGGCAAAGCUGGAGAAACCAAUGGAACGCCGAUCCAUCUUCUCUAUCUCCUCCGGACAAAACUCGUAGGCAAAAGUACUACGGAGAACAAAGGCAGGUCGAAUGGAUUGAUCAAUUUUUUCAAGAAAGUAAUGACGAUUUUUGCCGAUCUGAUCCCAUGCAAAAGCAAAAGCGGCGGCGAACAGGAGCAGUCGUUUCGCAACGUGCAGGAACUCAGAGCAGCAGGAAUAUAUGUGAAGCCAGCUCAAACUAGCUUGUUGACGAAGAUAAGUUUCGAUAGAUCCCUCAAAUUCUUUGCGGGAUACCUCCAGCUGCCUCUAAUAACAGUUGAUGACGCAACGGGGCCCAAGUUUUUCAACUUGAUAGCCUACGAGAUGUGUUCGGAUUUUGACAAUGACUACGGGAUCACCUCAUACGUAGCCUUCCUGGAUUCACUCAUCGAUAAUCCUGGGGACGUGAAGGAGCUAAGGAAUGCGGGCAUACUCUACAACCUGCUCGGCAGCGAUGAAGAAGUGGCUCAACUCUUCAACGAGAUAGGCACCGACUUGGUGCCCGACUCCGCAGCAUAUGGAGAUGUCAAAAAGAAGAUUCAGAGUCACUACCGCAAUCAGUUGAAGGUCUGGAUUGCUCAAGCCAUACACGAACAUUUCAGCAGCCCCUGGACGAUCCUGGCUUUUAUUGCUGCAAUAUUAGGACUUGGUCUAUCUGCCGUACAGGCUUUCUACGCAGUCAAAGGUGAUGAAAGUAAGAAGCAAAAGUAGGGUAUCAAUCAAAGGUUCUGCAUGCUCGGCCCUCAGCUAAUUGUCAUUUCAUUUGACUUAUAAUUUUUACUUUUGAAGUCAGCCUUAA